AUGGAAAGUAAAGUAAUUGUGAUUCAUCACGGAUCACAUUCUUUAAGAAUUGGUUUAGCCUCCGAUCCUGUACCAAAAACAAUUCCAAAUUAUAUUGCAAGAAGAAGAAAAUCAACCAAACCAAAUAAUAAACCGACAACCAAUAAUAAUGUGGAUACAACAACUAAAGAACCAGUAAAUGGUUCUUCACAAGUAGAAGUAAAAGAUCAAGUUAUGAAUGAAACUAUUGAACAACCAACAACAACUACAACUACUACAGAGAUUAAAAAUGAUGAACCAAUGAAAAUUGAUAUACCUGUAAAUAUUGAACAACAACCAAAACAAGAAGAUGUAAAAAUGGAAAUUCCAAACUCUGCACUAAUAAAUAAUAAUCAAGAACAACAAAUCGAACCAGUUGAAAAUAUUAAUAUUAAUAUAUCCGAUAAACUAAUUUCAACCAUUCAGCAAUCAACUAAAGAAACAUCCAAAUUAUUACCACCAGCAGACUAUAUCAAAAUUAAUCAAAAAACAACCUUAUAUAAUGAAAAUAAUUCUACCUCAUGCGAGAUUAUUCCAGAAACAAAAAAAAAGAAAAAGAAACAAAACUUAGCAAAUGCAACAUAUCAACCACCACAACUAGACUAUAAUGAAAUUGAUUACUGUAUUGGUGAAGAUGCUAUUAAGGUUUCAAGAAAUAAAAAAGAGUGGAUUGCUUACCAACCAAUUAUUUUAUCUACUUUUAAUACCGGUAUUUAUAACUCAUCACAAUCAAUGUUUGAUGAUAUUACCCAAAUGUGGAAAUAUGCAAUUCAAAGAUAUUUAAAUAUACCAUCCACUGAUUUAAGUAGCUAUGGAUGUGUUUAUGUUGCACAAGAUAAUAUUGAUAAAAAAAAUAUAAAAACCAUUGUAUCACUUUUAUUUAGAGAAUUACAAUUUACAAGUGUUUUAUUAUUCCAAGAAUCAGUAUGUUCAACAUUUGGUAUGUCAGUAUCAACUCAAACAUGUGUUAUUGAUAUUGGUCAUCAGAAAAUAUCAAUCUGUUGUAUUGAUGAGGGUUAUUUAAUCCCAAACACACGUGUCACAUUAAAAUAUGGUGGUGAACAACUAACCAAACUUUUAGAAUACUUUUUGGCAAUAGAUCAAUCCAAUAGGGUACAUAAAUAUUAUUUCCCUUUUAAAUCAAGCGAAGCUGAACCAAUUGACUUUUCUCCAUUUUAUUUAAAUGUCUUUGAAUCAAUCAAAAAUGAAAAUUUAGAUUAUUUAUUUAAUGACCCACAAAAACAAAAAGUUGGUAGUUUUAAAGUUCAAGCAUUAAAGCAACCAAAUCAAAUUAACAUCUAUCAUUUUAAUGCUGAUGAAGUUUAUCAUUUUGUUGCAAUGUCAUUAUUUUAUCCAGAAAUUUUAAGUAAAUUUGGUGGUGGCUCAACCUCAUUAAUUACAAAUUCAAAACUAGGUUUAGUCAAAGGUGAUACUAGUGGUCAAUAUUCAUUCAACUAUUAUUUAUCCCUAUUUGAUACUGAGGAUAUUUUUGCAACCGCUCCAAUUGUUAACCCAUCCACAAUGACCAGUACUGCAAGUGCCCCUGCAACAUUUGCCUCUACUGCAACCCCAACUACCUCUACAACUGUUAUUAACAAUACAAACACCCCAACUAUACCAACUGCUCAAAUCAAUGAUAUCAAUAGUAGCUCCUCCAAUAUUAGCACCAAUCCAAAUAGUAAAGUACCAUCAACAUCAUCCUCAACAGCAGUAUCACCCACUAAAAAAUCAAAAAAUAAUUUAUCUAUUACCGAUGAGGAUGGCAAAGAAAUUGAUAUACCAUUAGAUACAGCAAUCAAUAAGAGUAUUUCACAAUUAGAAAGGAGUGAAAUAAAUAAAAAAAAAUAUUUAUCAAAUAUAUUGUUGGUAGGUGGGGGUGCAUUAAUACCAGGUUUACCAGAUGCUAUUAAAGCACGUGUAUUCAAACAGCAAAUGGAUCAACAACAAGCCCAGUUCCAGCAACAAUUGCAACAAGCCCAACAACAACAACAACAAAUUUUACAACAACACCAAGCUCAACAAAAUUUAUUACAACAACAACAGCAACAGUCAGGCCAACCACCCCAACAAUUACCUCAACCACAACUACCUCCAUUACCACAACCCCCUACUAAUGUAGAAAACUAUAUUGGUUUUGCUGUAGGUGGCGGUCUAAGACAAGAUGUCGAUUUAAAAAAUACAAGUUGGAGAGGUGGUGCUAUUUUAGGUUGUUUAGAAAGUACAAAAGAAAUUUGGAUCACCAAAACUGAAUGGAAAUUUGGAUUUAAUCAAAACUUGGUAUUAAGUAAAUUACCAUUCUAA